AUGUCUCAAAGGUUGAUUUGUUGUUUAGCUGCUCUGCAGGACACUGACCUGAGUUCAGCUCAAACUACACACAUCUGCCUGUCUGAACACUCACAGCUCUACCUGCUCGAGAUGAGGACUCCUGAUUGCUUGUUGGCUCUGGUGUUCCUGCCAUUAUUCUCUGUCGCCAUCCCUCCAGACAUCUGCAGUGCCAAACCCAAGGACCUCCCUCUGGAGCCAUACUGCAUCUACCGCAGCCCCGAACCUGAGUCCCCCAAGGCUCCAUUGUUGGAACCCGAGGCAGUCCCUGAGUCCACCAACCCCCGAGUAUGGGAACUGUCAAAGGCCAACGGACGCUUUGCUCUGUCACUGUACAGACAGCUGGCGCUCAGCAAGACCCCCGAGUCCAACAUCUUUAUGUCCCCCAUCAGCAUCUCUACUGCAUUCGCCAUGACGAAACUCGGAGCUUGCAACGAGACGCUGAAGCAGAUCAUGGAGGUGUUUGAGUUUAAUACCAUCAAAGAAAAGACAUCAGAUCAAGUCCAUUUCUUCUUCGCCAAACUCAACUGCCGUCUGUACAGAAAGAAGGGCGAGACCACUGAACUAAUAUCUGCCAACCGACUGUUUGGAGACAAAUCGUUUGUCUUCAACGAGACGUACCAGAACAUUAGCGAGACUGUGUAUGGAGCCAAACUGCUGCCUCUCAACUUCAAGGACAACCCAGAGAAGGCCCGGGUCACCAUCAACAACUGGAUUUCCAAUAAGACAGAGAACCGGAUUCAGGACACACUGCCGCUUGGGUCACUGGACUCCACCACAAUCCUGGUGCUUGUCAACACCAUCUUCUUCAAGGGUCAGUGGAAGAACAAGUUUGAUCAAGACAACGUGUUCGCCGCAGACUUCCACGUCAGUGCGGGUCACACCUGCUCUGUCAACAUGAUGUACCAGGAGACCAAGUUCAGGUACAACUACUUCCCCGAUGAGCACGUGCAGCUGCUGGAGAUGCCAUAUCGUGGAGAUGAAAUCACCAUGGUCAUCAUUCUGCCAAGCAGAGGCACUCCACUCAGUAAGGUGGAGGAGAGUCUGGACCUGACAAAACUGAACAGCUGGUUGGAUCAGAUGAAGGAAACGUCCGUCUCUGUCAACAUCCCCCGCUUCAAGGUGGAGGACAGCUUCAGCUUGAAGGAGAAGCUACAGGCCAUGGGGCUGACUGACCUGUUCAGCUCUGAGAAGGCCAGCUUGCCAGGGAUGCUGGAGGACAGCAGUGAUGGCCUCUAUAUCUCAGAUGCCUACCAUAAAGCCUUCCUGGAGGUGAAUGAGGAGGGCAGCGAGGCCGCAGCAGCCAGCGCCGUGGUCGCCGUUGGACGAUCAAUCAAUGUGCACAGGCAGGUUUUUCUGGCCGAUCGGCCUUUUCUGCUGCUCAUCAGAGAGUCGACCAUCAACACGCUGCUGUUCAUGGGCCGCGUGGCUGAUCCGUGCAACCAAUAAAAACCAGCAGAUGUGAUCACUGUCAAA